GAGACGACCUCUGACCUGGGUCUCAUGCUUCCACAGCGGUCCGCCCCGGUGGUUUGGCCCGGCCUGGCCUACCGGACCUGCUGGAUGGAGCUCGGUGUAGCCAAGGCUCGGCAGAGCUCCUGGCACCGCCUCCUCCCAGCCGGCUCCUGUGGGUGGGGGAAGGCAGGACUGACGCAGAGUGAGUCUUUUCCUCCUCCUCUUCCGGAAGGUCUGAAGAUGACAACAGCAACCCGACAAGAAGUCCUCGGCCUCUACCGGAGCAUUUUCAGGCUUGCACGGAAGUGGCGGGCAGCGUCAGGGCAGAUGGAGGACACCGUCAAAGAAAAGCAGUACAUACUAAGUGAAGCCAGAACCCUGUUCCAGAAAAACAAAAAUCUCACAGACCCAGACCUGAUUAAACAGUGUAUAGAUGAAUGCACAGCCAGGAUCGAGAUCGGACUGCAUUACCAGAUUCCUUAUCCAAGACCAAUUCAUCUGCCUCCAAUGGCUCUCACUCCACUACGAGGCCGGAGACUUCAAAGCCAGGAGAAACUGAGAAAACUUUCCAAACCAGUGUAUCUGCAGUCUCAUGACGAAGUUUCUUAAGGGAGAGGACAGUUGACUUUUGAGACUGGUGAGCUGACUCAAUUUGGAAUGUAAACCAGGCAACCUGCCCUUCUUGAUUAGAAGCAAAAAGAACACUUCCUUUAGAGCUCCAGAGUUGGUCCUCACCGAUGACACACGGCUGCAAGCAUCCCUAGGGUUUUUCAGGGUCCUGCUGCUGCCUGAGUUGAUGACAUUGGCCCUAGAGGUCAUGGACUGCACUGCAUCUUCACUGAAGUCAUCCUUGGAAGCAAGUCUGAGGCUUGUGGGGGAAGACUGAGGCAGUUCCUGGGACGGCCCUUUAGCACACAUCAACCUAUGAGAAGGGCUUAGCUGAUGGCUGCAGGUUUGCAUGCCUACCAAACUGUGUUGCUUCCAAAAUACCGAAUAGAGGUUUAUCCACAAGUUAUGCGUUUGCUUAAAUGUGAUUUCUGUACAGGCUUUUUUGUGGCCUCUGACGCUUGUAAUUUCCAGAUAUACUCCAUUAUAAUAUAAGGGCAUCUUUGGACUGAUCAUACCUUGUUUUGUUUUGUUGGGUUUUUUGGUGGGGAGUGGUGUUGUUUUGAAACAGGGUUUUCCUGUGUAACACUUGCUGGGCUAGAAUUCUCUGUGGAGACCAGACUGGCCUUGAACUUGUGUGGAUCCUCCUGCUUCAGCUACUCAAGUACUGGAAUUACAGACCUAGCCACUAUACCCAGCUAAUCAUGUGGUCUUUUUAAUGGAAAUAUGGUAUGACACCCUUCUUCUCCCUAUUGAUAAAUGGAAGUGCAUGACUGAUAAAUCACAUUUAUCUUAAAUGUGAUUGUUUAAGAUGCACUUAGGAUCUAAACAGCUUCCUUGGCAUUUAUACUGCACUCACUUUGUUCUACUUUAACCUAAUUGAAAAGCACAAGGUCCAAGCUGACUUCCAAGUUAUAUCCAAACAGAAAUGGGACAAAGUGAGCAUGUGUGGAGUCAGGUGGGAGUUCACAGCAAGCUGUUUGCACAUCAGCAGAGCGUGGCCCUCACUAAUAAAGAUAAAUCCCCACUUA